AUGGUGUCUACUAGAUCAAGACAUAAAGCCCAGCACAUUACUCCCAAGGAGAACUCUAUUGGCGGACUCAUGAAUCGCAACAGCUCGGUGGCAAACCUUACGACACCAACGCUAUAUUCCAUAUACGGUGGCAAGGACGAUAUCAACGACGAGAACGCCGAAAGUGACAUUUAUGCCAAUCUCAAAGAGGAGAUUCGCCACACCUCUGUGGCAAGCGGAUCCAAAGGCCAGGCCCAAUCGUUUCCCACUCAUCGUUCUCCAACGGUCACCACAAUCAUGAUAAUAGGGAAAGUGCUUGUUUUGGGUGUUUUGGGAAUUUUGUUCAAGGAACUCACCAGGGCGUUGCAUGCAAACAAUCCGUUGCUCCCAGACAUCUCAUGGUUCAACCUAGUGAACAUAAUAGAACUCUCGUUGAAAAGAGUCGGGUUAGCGCCGUUGUUGCACCUCACAGAUACAAAACUGGAAUAUGUGAGUGGUGCACUUGAGGGAAUCAUCCUUGGACUGAUCCAGCCACUAUUCGACAGGUUGACGGGAACUUCAGCAAAGUCUGGUUCCACUAUCGUCACCACCACCAUGAUCAGAUCGGCUACUGCUCUGGUGGGAAUUUCCUACGGUCUCAAAAAAACUGAAUGGACAUCUCCACUCCAAGCCUCGCUGGCUUGGUCCUGUUUGAAUCCGUGUCUGUGGAUGCUGUUAGAUGGUACUCUCUUUGGAUUCUUGAGUGCGUCUACAAUCUCACUAUGCUCCAUGGUGUGUGUGGGUUUGAGCUUCGGAACAGGCUACGAGAAGCUUGAGUGGGAGAAACUGUCUAUGUUCGAGUUUGACGGUUUGGACGAAACCGCACGGGUUUUCUGGGUAGGCUCCUUCUUUUUCUUUGGAGUUAUAUUCUUCGGAAAGGUCGGGAGAUGGCUGUUUUGA